AUGGAGGACAUGCGCGCCACCUACACCAUCGGCAAGGAGCUCGGGCGCGGCCAAUUCGGGGUCACCUACCUCUGCACCCACAAGCAGACUGGGGAGCAGCUCGCGUGCAAGACCAUCGCCAAACGCAAGCUCGCCAACAAGGAGGACAUCGAGGACGUGCGCCGUGAGGUCCAGAUCAUGCACCACCUCACGGGCCAGCCUAACAUCGUCGAGCUCAAGGGGGCUUAUGAGGACAAGCACUCGGUUCAUCUCGUCAUGGAGCUUUGUGCCGGUGGGGAGCUAUUUGACCGAAUUAUAGCCAAGGGACACUACACGGAGUGUGCGGCCGCGUCCCUGUUGAGGACUAUUGUGCAGAUUGUGCACACGUGUCAUUCCAUGGGGGUUAUUCAUAGGGAUUUGAAGCCAGAGAAUUUCUUGCUGCUCAGCAAGGCUGAGGAUGCGCCGCUCAAGGCCACCGAUUUCGGACUCUCCGUCUUUUACAAACAAGGCGAACACUUCAAAGACAUUGUGGGUAGCGCAUAUUACAUUGCUCCAGAAGUGUUGAAGAGAAACUACGGACCAGAGGUCGACAUAUGGAGUGUUGGUGUCAUGCUUUAUAUCCUUCUCUCUGGUGUUCCUCCUUUCUGGGCAGAAUCAGAGACCGGCAUUUUCAAUGCUAUUUUAAGGGGACAUAUUGACUUCUCAUCCGAUCCAUGGCCUUCGAUAUCAAGCGGAGCAAAGGAUCUCGUGAGGAAGAUGCUCAACUCGGACCCCAAGCAAAGGCUUACAGCUGCUCAAGUGCUAAGUCAUCCAUGGAUCAAGGAGGAUGGUGAUGCACCUGAUACACCUCUCGACAAUGCUGUCCUCAACAGGCUCAAACAGUUCAGAGCUAUGAAUCAAUUCAAAAAAGUUGCUCUUCGGGUCAUAGCCGGCUGCCUGUCAGAGGAAGAAAUCAUGGGACUUAAAGAGAUGUUCAAAGGCAUGGAUGCUGACAACAGCGGAACUAUAACACUUGAGGAGUUAAAGCAAGGGCUGGCCGAGCAAGGCACAAAGCUAUCUGAAACAGAAGUCAAACAGCUCAUGGAAGCUGCUGAUGCCGAUGGGAAUGGGACCAUAGACUAUGAAGAAUUUAUCACGGCAACAAUGCACAUGAACAGAAUGGACAGGGAAGAGCAUCUCUACACGGCAUUCCAGUAUUUCGACAAGGACAAUAGCGGGUAUAUCACAAUAGAAGAGCUCGAGCAAGCGCUCAGAGACUUUGGAAUGGGGGAUGACAAGGACAUUAAAGAAAUCAUAUCUGAAGUUGAUGCGGAUAAUGAUGGCCGGAUCAAUUACGAUGAAUUUGCAGCAAUGAUGAAGAAAGGUAAUCCAGAAAUAGUAGCGAAUACAAAGAAAAGGAGGAGUGGCGUCUUCACUACCUAG